CAACAAUCUUCAUUCAGCCUGGUCUGCUCGUGCUCGUGCUCGUACUCGUACUCCACCUUACCAAAACCAUCGUCAAAAGUGGCACUGUGGCACCCACUGAGAAUCAAUCAAUCAAACCAUACAUCAGGAAUCGAGAAUUAACAAUCGAGAAUCAGUGAACAAUGCAUCCAUGUAUAGGUAGACAUGCGCGAUUCGCGAAUCAUCAGCGCCAUGUUUCCAAACAAUCACAUUCCUCGAACGCCACGCCAUGGUAUAGACUACGCACUAGAGAACUAGUUAAUUACCACCACCAGCCCAUCCAGUGCCACCCUACGCCCUGCAAUUGUCUCGCGCGAGCUGAACGCCAGCCCAGGUCGCACCUGGCAUGUCCCCUCCAUCAAAUAUCCCCAAGUCCCAUACAUAAUGCACACUGCAACACUUCACUCCCAGGUGAGGCUCUGCUGCAGCUUCUCUUCUCACCCUAAAAGUUGCCUUCUGAUUUCUUGACGAUGGCUCUGCCGACCACAGUUGCGGCAGUCAUUGCUGUCGCGUCUCUGUUAUGGUUCGCCAUAACGUAUCUCUUUCGAACGUCCGUCAAUGACCGCGAGCCGCCCGUCAUUGAGCCUUCCAUCCCUUUCAUUGGGCAUAUCAUUGGCAUGUCUCGAGACGGACCGGGGUAUCUUGCUAAGGUCAGCGCGAAGACAAAUCAUGGCAUCUUCACCAUGCCCAUGCUCUGGGGCCGUACCUACGUGGUCAAGACUCCUACCCUCGCUGCCCAAGUUGAACGCACCUCCACCACCAUGAGCUUUGGCGAACUUGUACUUCAGGUCGCUCCACGCUUGGUUGGCCUCAAACCCGAAACAAGAGAGAUACUGAAGGAUCAGAAGGCAGUAGACGAAGGUCGGGAUCGCAUGGGGGAAGCCGUUCUACAUGGUGUAAUUGAACCGCUGCUUUCAAUCAAAAGUAUGAGCAUUAUUGGCCAUACUCAACUUCGGAAUUUUGCCGAACACAUCAAUAACAUCAAGGACGGUUUCGAGACUGACCUAUAUGAAUACAUCAACAGUGUAACCACUCUCGCGACGAUGAACACAUUCUAUGGGCCGAACAAUCCAUUUGCGGUACGCCCGGAAUUGGUGGAUCAUUUUUGGAAUUGGGAGAACGGCCUUAUCCUAUAUAUGAUGGAAAUUUUUCCGCAAUGGACUUCCCGUAAGGCUUAUAUCGCAAUGGAGGAGAUGACCAAGGGCUUUUCCGACUACAUUGAGGCAGGCCGCAUGUCCGAAGGCUACGAGCUCGUACGCAGGCGUCACCAAGCACACGUGGACGAGGGGAUCUGUCUUCGGGACCGAGCAAGGCUCGAAGUCGGCAUGUGUCUUGCCUUUAACGUGAAUGCAGCCAUUACCAUGUUCUGGGUUCUGGACAACAUUUUCAGCCGUCCAGAGCUCCAUGCCGAAGUUCAGGAAGAAAUCAGGAAGAAUGCUCUGGUGGGCGAGUCUACUCUAUCUUGUCCUGCACUCCGCGAAUCCUGUCCCUUGCUCAAUUCCGUUUACAAAGAGACGAUGCGGUUGACUUCGCCGCUCAAUUCUGCCCGCUACGUGAAGUCAGACACCGUCAUAGCAGAUACGUAUGUUGUUCGCGCGGAUACAAUUGUCCAAGUCUCGGGCGUUCUUCUCCACGCCGACGAAGGAAUUUGGGGCCCUGAUGCAGCUGAAUUCAACCCGCGCCGCUUCAUACACACUCCAAACGGCACAAAGACUUCUCCUGACGGUUCUACGAAUCAUUCACGUGCCAAUCAGAUUCCAUCUGUAGCCUUCCGUGGAUUCGGUGGUGGUGGUUCCCUUUGCCCAGGGCGACACUUUGCGCAGAUGGAAAUCUUGGCUCUCGUGUCGUCAUUCAUCCUGGGUUUCGACAUCGAGGCGCCCAAGGGCCAGACGGGUGGUAUCAAAUGGAACCCUCCGUCGAACAAAAAGGAGUUUACGCUCACUAGUCAUAAGCCUCUGAAGCCCGUGAAUGUGAGAUUCCAGCGAAAGAAGGGCUUUGAGGAUGCCGUUUGGAAGUUCGAAUUCUAGCGUGUUUAUACCCUAUAGCAUACGCAUAUCACAGACGGGGGAUCGGACCAUUUCCGCCAAACAUGUAAACGCUGGGAAAGGGGUUUUCUUUAGAAAAUACCCACCACCUAGAUAACACAUACAUACUUCCAUCGCCGAGAUAGGUACAAAAAAAAAUAAUCGAAAUCAUUAUCAAUAUAAAAUAUCACGUUCCAAAACCGCAUACCUCGCCCCCUUCAG